AUGCGGCGAACGGCCACGGCCGUUCUUGCGGGAGGCCCUCGUGCUGGGUGGCACAACCCGUACGACCUAGAACUUCUGCGAACUGCUUCUGAAUUCUCAGCCGACGAUAAUCCUGCGCCCACUGAAUCUGCUUUAAACUCGGCUGCCGCUCAGCCUCUGGGACUCUCGUCAUCUGACUCAGCCCAAGCACAUACAGCCACUACAACUGGUCGGCGCAAAUCGAACGCUCGAGGGAGACAAAAGCCCAAGCAAGUAGAGCAGACGAAUGCUGUAAUCGACCUCGGAGCGAGCAUCAUCCCGAUCUGUACACCUGGAACAGGUACACCACCACCGCCACCACGAUCGUAUGCGUCAUCGUCUUCACUCACACGGUCGGAUUUUGAUACGGGUGCGUCGUCGCGAAUGGAAGAGGAUGAAGAAGAAGAAGAAUACUUCACCGCCGCGAUGGUUGGCAAGCGCUCCCGAGCCCUGUCGAUUACUAGCCAACACAGCACGAGGUUGCCGAUCUCUCCGCCGGUCACUUCGCCCAAUACCUCGAUGUAUGAGCUGCCAAUCCUGACCCCUGCUGUAAAACGAGCGCGGGAAGGGCGCGAGCCUGUUCGAAGAAAGAGACGUAAAACUACCUCGAGCACGGUCUCAACAUCAACACGCGGCGGGGAAGACGAGGCGGUGUCGGUUGUACCUUUAAUCAAACCACCCCAAGAAAAGCGGCCGCCCGGGCGCAAAGGGUGGAAGGGAUGGGUCAUGGUUAGCGAUACCGAGGGGUCCGAUAAUGAACGACCAGAUGUGCCUCCCAUCAUUCUCGAGAAACGGACGAGGAGCGGACGAGAUUUUGAUCAGGAACUUCCUCCGGUGCAAAGGCGGGCUAGGUCCAGGGCUAGUACAAGGACGGAUUCUGUAGCGCCACUCUCGUCGGCCAGUAUUGCCACUUGA